AUGCUUCAGCAGCUUGAAAGACCGAUACUUUUAAUGAAUCGGACAGCUGAUUCCUUGACGAAAUUCGGCGAAGAAAAAGAAAAAUUUCUAAACAGUGCUAAAUUUAAAGGGUUAGAGGUAGGAGACCAAAAAGAUUAUAAAGAAAUCUAUAUACCUUUAGCCGAAGCCGCGGUUAAAAUAAGAGCCAAAGCAACUAAGACAAAAGCCGAGGAAGAUUUAAUUACAUUAAUUUUGUCUAGAACCCGUGAUUUCGAACCCACUAAAAAGUCUGAAUUAGAAAAAACAAUUAAAGACUUAAGAAGUUACAAGGAGGGUAGUGAUACUGAUAAAAAAACUGCUUAUGAGGAAAAUAUUAAAGAAGGCUGGUCCACAACUACUAAAAUAUUAGUAUGA